AUGAUCCUUGAGGUACUGUGGGUGGAUGACUUUAAUAUAGUGUAUGCUAAGGACGACGAUGCUGUUUGUAAACUAACAGCUGUUUGUAGACUAACAGCUGUUAUCAGACUAACACCUGUUCUCAGACUAACAGCUGUUAUCAGACUAACAGCGGUUCUCAGACUAACAACUGUUCUCAGACUAACAGCUGUUCCCCGACUAACAGAUGUUCUCAGACUUACAGCUGUUCCCCGACUAACAGAUGUUCUCAGACUAACAACUGUUCUCAGACUAACAGAUGUUCUCAGACUAACAGAUGUUCUCAGACAAACAACUGUUCUCAGACUAACAGCUGUUCUCAGACUAACAACUGUCCUCAGACUAACAACUGUUCUCAGACUAACAACUGUUAUCAGACUAACAGAUGUUCUCAGACAAACAACUGUUCUCAGACAAACAACUGUUCUCAGACAAACUGUUCUCAGACAAACAACUGUUUUCAGACUAACAACUGUUCUCAGACUAACAGCUGUUCCCCGACUAACAACUGUUCUCAGACUAACAGCUGUUCCCCGACUAACAGAUGUUCUCAGACUAACAGCUGUUACCCGACUAACAGAUGUUCUCACACUAACAACUAUUCUCAGACUAACAGAUGUUCUCAAACUAACAGAUGUUCCCCAACUAACAACUGUUCUCAGAUUAACAGCUGUUCCCCGACUAACAACUGUUCUUAGACUAAGAGAUGUUCUCAGACUAAGAGAUGUUCUCACACUAACAACUAUGUUCAGACUAACAACUGUUCUCAGACUAACAGCUGUUCCCCGACUAACAACUACUAACAACUGUUCUCUGACUAACAACUGUUCUCAGACUAACAGCUGUUCCCCGACUAACAACUGUUCUCAGACUAACAACUGUUCUCAGACAAAGAACUGUUCUCAGACUAACAACUGUUCUCAGAAUAACAGAUGUUCUCAGACUAACAGCUGUUCCCCGACUAACAGAUGUUCUCAGACAAAAAACUGUUCUCAGACAAACAACUGUUCUUCGACUAACAGAUGUUCUCAGACUAACAGCUGUUCCCCGACUAACAACUGUUCUCAGACUAACAGCUGUUCCCAACUAACAAAUGUUCUCAGACUAACAACUGUUCUCAGACUAACAGCUUUUCCCCGACUAACAGAUGUUCUCAGACUAACAGAUGUUCUCAGACAAACACCUGUUCUCAGACUAACAGCUGUUCCUCGACUAACAGAUGUUAUCACACUAACAACCAUUCUCAGACUAACAGAUGUUCUCAGACUAACAGAUGUUCCCCGACUAACAACUGUUGUCAGACUAACAGAUGUUCCCCGACUAACAGAUGUUCUCAGACUAACAGAAGUUCUCAGACUAACAGAUCUUCUCACACUAACAACUAUUCUCAGACUAACAACUGUUCUCAGACUAACAGCUGUUCCCCGACUAACAGAUGUUCUCAGACUAACAGAUGUUCUUAGACAAACAACUGUUCUCCGACUAACAUAUGUUCUCAGACUAACAGCUGUUCCCCGACUAACAGUUCUUCUGAGACUAACAGCUGUUCCCUGA